AAUUGCGUACAAGUUUUGUGGUGUGAGUUGAGCAGGAAGAGCAUGAAUGCGAGCGAAAUUUUGAGGGAUUUCGGAGGUUUGAUUCUGUGAAUUUCUUUAGGUUAGGUUUCUUCAAUUUUUAUUUAUUGAAUUCGUACAAGAUGGAGAAGUACGAGUUGGUGAAGGACAUAGGAUCGGGAAAUUUUGGGGUGGCGAGGCUGAUGCGAAACAGAGAAACCAAAGAACUCGUCGCCAUGAAGUACAUUGAGCGCGGCCAUAAGGUGGUUUUGACUCCUACUCAUCUGGCCAUUGUGAUGGAGUAUGCUGCUGGAGGCGAGUUAUUUCAGCGAAUUUGUAAUGCUGGGAGAUUCAGUGAAGAUGAGGCAAGAUAUUUUUUCCAGCAGCUUAUUUCAGGCGUUGGCUACUGUCACACUAUGCAAAUAUGCCAUAGAGAUUUGAAGUUAGAGAAUACCCUCUUGGAUGGAAGCCCAGCCCCACGUCUGAAAAUAUGUGAUUUUGGAUAUUCAAAGAGAAUCACCAUCAAAGAAAUCAGGAGCCAUCCAUGGUUUUUGAAAAACUUGCCAAGGGAACUGACUGAGGCAGCUCAAGCUAUUUACUACAGAAAAGACAACCCAACUUUUUCUGUCCAAAGCAAUGAAGAAAUCUUGAAAAUAGUUGAAGAGGCUAAAGUUCCUGCCCCAGUAUCUCACUCUAUUGGAGGCUUUGACUGGGGAGGAGGAGAAGAUGGAGAUGCCAAGGAAGAAGAGGUAGAGGAGGAAGAAGAUGAGAAUGAGAAGAGAGUUAAGGAGGCUCAUGCUCGUGGAGAAAUUAAGCUCACUUGAUUAAUGCAUUCUUGAUUCUUUCCAAAUAAUUAAGAUCUGGAGUUUGUUUCAGUGCUUGUAUAAAGUCAGUUUCUAUCUAGGCCAUUGUGUUGAAUAAGUAUUUGUAAAUUUGUAGUAUAUUGGCAUGGGAAAAUUUUAGCGUGGUACUACUGGUCUUGGAACUAUUAUGAUCCCAGACUACCUCUGAAAGUCAAGUUGAUGGUUUUCCUUUUGGGAGUUAGGAUUAGCAUAAUGUAUUAAGGGUUUAUUAUUGUUUAGAGAAAUAGAAAGAUGAUUCCUUU